AUGCGGAACACCAACAACCACAAUGUGAGCAUCUUGAAGAAAAGUUGCCUCGGGGUGCUGAUUUGUUCGGCCCGAUGUCGACUGCCAAAUGGAAGUGCCAUCCAUUUGCGGCCGGCAAUUUGCGAUAAGGCCCGCAGGAAACAGCAAGGACGAACUUGUCCAAACCGGAGCUGCAAAAAUGGUCGAUUAGAGGUGCAACCCUGUCGAGGUCACUGCGGUUAUCCGGUCACACACUAUUGGCGCCACACGGAUAAGGCCAUCUUUUUCCAGGCAAAGGGUAGCCACGAUCAUCCGAAGCCGGAAUCCAAAACGGCAGGAGAAUCGAGGAAAUCCGUUGGACUUUCCUGCAAAGCGAAGACGAAAAAGCUCUCGGUGCUGCUUUUAAGGGAUGCCGCUCUCGGGAAUAAGCUGGUACGAUCGCUAGAGGCAAAAAGUGCUUCACCGUGGUUUCCGUGUGAGACCUUCAUACCAGAUUCUUGCGAGCUGGUUAAGUGCAGUAGAUCGAAACGCCAACCGCACGGGAAAAGAAGACGGUUCCGAAAAAGAAGAAAUCAGGAGAGCGAAAAAGAACGCUGCGAAAGUCGAUACGCCCACCACGAGACAGCGAGAAGUAGUCGAAGAAGAAAAUCCAAAAGAGCCCCUAGCGAAAAGGGGCUCUUUUCUUCUUCUCUUUCUUUUAUUCGCAGUUUUCGUCUUCGCAGUUUUCAUCUUCGCAGCUUUCGGGGAAAUCUUCGCAUCUCUUCCAAGACGGACAGCAACACGGGUGGUCGCAUCAUUCGAAGGCCGAGCUACUACCGGACCCGUGAGCCAAACAGGAACCGGACCGGCAAACCGAACGGUGACCGAAUCCGGGAGCAGAGCCCGCAAGCUGACAAGGAAUCGUCGUGGCAGAUCCCGCUCAGGAGAGCGAUACAAAUUGGAAUCGCGCAUGGAGCAGCGUACGCAUCCAGUUUCAAGGAGCAAAAUCCUCGUCAUCAUUCCGCAGUCGAAGUGUGGGAAUCAGCCGGCUCUGUUCAGAGCCACUCACGCGCGUGUGCCAUUGGUUGGUCUAUCGAUGACCAUUUGCGAAAAGGAAAAUGAACGUUUUCGCUACACUCUUGAUGCCGUGCCGGAGAGGCCUAGAGGCCAUAAUGUAAGUGCCCGAUCUUUAUUCUCAACAUUGUAGAUGUUC